AUGAACCCUGAAUACGACUACCUGUUCAAGCUGCUGCUCAUCGGUGAUUCCGGGGUCGGAAAGUCGUGUCUGCUGCUGCGCUUUGCAGAUGACUCGUACACGGACAGCUACAUCUCCACCAUCGGAGUCGACUUCAAGAUCAGGACCGUCGACAUGGACGGAAAAACCGUCAAGCUGCAGAUUUGGGACACAGCAGGUCAGGAGCGGUUUCGAACCAUCACCUCCAGCUACUACAGAGGAGCUCACGGCAUCAUCAUCGUGUACGACGUCACCGAGCAGGAGUCCUUUGACAGCGUGAAGCGGUGGCUGGAGGAGAUCGAGCGCUACGCCUGUGAGAACGUGUCGCGGCUGCUGGUGGGGAACAAGGCCGACCUGGUGGGCAGGAAGACGGUGGCCGCCGCCGCCGCUCAGGACCUGGCCUCGUCCCUGAACAUCCCCUUCAUGGAGACCAGCGCCAAGAGCUCGCAGAACGUGGAGCGCUGCUUCCUCGCCAUGGCCUCCGAGAUCCACCAGCGCCUGUCCAGCGAGGGGGGGGGCAUGCAGGGGGGCUCCACUGAGACCCGGGCCCACGGCGCCAACAUCAACAGCGCCCCCCUGUGGCUGGGAGGGGACAAACAGGCACAGGAGUCCAGGAACUGCUGCUGA